AGAUCGUUCGGUUGUCCUAACACGUGCCUAUAGGACAUGUCGCCUGCGAAGAAAGAAAUGUGACGAGCAGCGAGAGAGCAACUCCUGUCAUACUUGCAAACGGUUGAGAAUAGAUUGUCUGGGGUGGGGAACAAAACGCCCAGAAUGGAUGCGCGACAAGAAAGCCGUGGAAGAUUACAAGGCUGGCAUCAAAGCUCAGCUAACACGUGCUGGCCUUAUCCGCGGUCAGCCAAAGUCGUCCAUACUCCAAGCCAAUGCAGCAGCAGCAUCUUCGUCAUCGUCGUCCGUAUUCGUUUCGCGACAAUAUCAAGGGUCUGGAAGUGCUUCUGGGUCCUCUCGAAUCAACGAUUUGGGGAUACCAGCGUUUGUCGAUCCGUUGCCAACAGUGAUGCCCAUGUUUGGUUCAACAUUGAACUCACCUCAGAGCAUAUCUGUCCCUCUGUACCCAAGCGAUGCGAGCUAUCACAAUUCCCCGUUCAGCCCUGCCGGCUCCCUUACCUCCCACCCAUCGCCCAUGGUGGAAAUGCACUUUAAUCCUGACUUCGACACCGCCACCCAAAACCUCUAUAACCCUCCGAUGCUAUCGAUAUCAGAUGAUGGCUUGCAGAUGGAGCUCGUAUUUUACUAUUUCGAACACGUUCGAAAGUUGCAGUAUGCGUUUGCUGGCAAUUCUGUAGCAAACGCAACAUAUUCACUUGUCUUGCAACACCCACAGGGCCCUGUGGCAAACGCGAUUUCGGCAUUGGCAUCAUUGCAUUUCAGUUUGAUCCGCGUCGCCCACGGGUACGAAGCGCCAAACCCCACCCUGGAGCACUCACCAGCAAUCCGAUUGUAUGAUAGCGCCCACCAACAGAUCUAUAGAAACAAACAGACAAUGCUGACCGAAUCCGACGCAAAUGCAGCUAUCCACAUGCUGAGCUUUUCGCUCAUGUCAGGAGGAGUGACAGAUUGGCGCCCGAUGUUGGAUAUUGCGAGCGAGUGGCUUGUGAGGACGGGGAUAACAACGAGCGACAACCCCAAGCUGAUGAUGAUAAAAAUGGAUGAGGCAUCACGACUGGCACUGAAAACCACAAUGUGGUGCGAUAUCAUGUCAACCUUGACCCUUCAAACGACGCCAAAGCAUCUAUCCUUUUACCGGCGACUGUUCCGCGGAGGGUCGGGUUACUGGGGUUUGACGCAGCAGGGCGUCGGUGACGAGUCGACCCUUCGUAUGGAUAGCUUAACCGGUUGUCCAGACGAAGUGCUCUUUGGUAUCGCGGAGAUAUCAACGCUAUCAUGCUGGAAGAUGCAAGAACUUCGUAAAGGCUCUUUGAGCAUGAGAGAGCUCAUCCGGCGAGGGGACGUUAUUGAGCGGCACCUUCGUACCCAAACAGAGACGAUGCUAUCGGUAGAAUCGGACCUGACACCAUUACAUCCUGAAUUGUCAUCAAUGGCUGCUGAGGAUGGCAGUGUACGAAAAUCACCUACUGGACACGCGGGCACACCCCUUCCUGCGGACGACACUCGGAGGAUAGUAGCUGAUAUCUUCCGAGAAGCAGCCAUCCUCUACCUACAUACAGUGCUCAGCGACCCUAAUCCAGGAGUGCCCGAAAUCGUGAAUUCGAUAGAUGUCAUAGUACAACUGUUGAACCGGCUGCCUGUGUCGAAUAUCGACCGCUGCCUGGUGUUUCCCAUAUUUCUGGCCGGGUGUCUCACGGACGACCCCAUGAAGCGCGAGUUUCUGAAAGCACGGUUCCAGAAUCAACACGAUAGCUUUGGCAGUACCAGUCAGGCUCUGCGAGUCAUGGAAACAGCGUGGCAAAGACGGGAUAGUCAAGGAGGGGCAGUUGGAUGGCAAGACUUGCUCCAUAUCCAAGGGCGCUAUUUGCUCCUGCUAGUUUGAGCCCUGAUAGUUGUUCACUCUGCUACUGCACGAUGAACAAAGAUUGAUACCAUACGCACCUAGUUAUUUAACGCCAUUGCAUCGUUCCUACAAUAACAUCCUACAGUACUUUGAUUAACAAAAUGUAGAGUUUUUGAAUUUGUAUAGAUAUUAAUUCAAC